GUGUAAGCAGUAUUCAUAUUAGCGUAUAUUUUAAUAAUCAUUUGAAUUUGAUAUAUAAAAGCAGCUCGCCGUUGAGGUAAUUAGUGUCACUUUUCAUUUGUAAUUUGAAUGAUAUCAUAGUGAUAUUAAAACCAGAUUAUCCGCAUAAAUAAUUAAAAUCAUGGAUGAUAAAGAAGAAUGGAACAGUACUGAUUCCGGCGAGGAGAUCGUUAUUUCUGGUAUUGCUGGUAAAUUUCCAAAUUCAGAUAAUAUGCAUCAGUUACGAGAAAAUUUAUUUAACAAAGUGGAUCUUGUUAGAAAAGACCAUGGUCGAUGGAAUAUAGAGCAUCCGAAAAAAUGUUUGGGAACAAUUAAUAAUGUGGAAAAAUUUGAUGCGGACUUCUUUGGACUUUCUUUCGAGCAAGCACAUGUACUCACGUCUGAGGCGAGAUUAUUAUUGGAACAUGCUUAUGAUGCAAUUAUCGAUGCAGGGAUUAAUCCAAAACAAUUGAAAGGAAAAAAUACUGCUGUAAUCAUAGCAGUAACUUAUGUAGAAACGCAAGCAAAAUUUCUAUUCGAGAAUCUUAACCUACGCUGUCAGAAUAUUAUUGGAUGUAGCAAAUCUACGUUAGCAAAUAUUCUUUCAUCCCAUUUGGAUCUAAAAGGGCCAUCACAUACAAUCGAUUCAGCAUGCAGUUCAAGCCUUUUUGCCGUGGCAGUCGCGUAUGAUUACAUCAUGUCGGGUACAUGCGAAGAUGCGAUAGUUGGUGCAAAUUUAUGUUUACAUCCUAUGAUAAACCAGCAGUUUUCACGUCUAGGUGUUUUGUCAUCUGACGGUCACUGCAGACCUUUCGACAUCAAAACAAACGGAUAUUCACGUAGUGAAACAGUGACAGUGGCAUACUUUCAAAAGAUGAAGAAUGCGAAAAGGAUUUACGCCACAUGUCCACAUAUUAAAUUGAACAGUGAUGGCUAUACAGAAGAAGGAAUAACAUAUCCAUCGAUGCUUAUGCAAAGUACUUUACUGAUGGAAUUUUACGAUGAAUGCGGAAUACCGAAAUCAUGUUUGGAUUACAUUGAAGCACAUGGUACGGGUACCAUAGUUGGCGAUCCUCAGGAAGUUAGUGCACUCCAGAACGUUUUGUGUAAAAAUAGAGAAACUCCGUUAAUGAUUGGUUCUGUAAAAUCUAAUCUUGGUCAUGCUGAAUCUGCGGGUGGUUUUGGUCAGAUCGCCAAGGUAUUAAUAGCAUUCGAAACCGGUAUUGUUCCACCAAAUUCCAAUUACACAUCACCACGGAAAGAUAUAGAUGCCUUAAUAAAUGGAACUGUUCGUGUCAUCGCAGAACCAAUGCCACUUAAAAAUGGUUUUGUAGGUAUCAGUGCUUUCGGUUUCGGGGGAGCAAACGCUCAUAUGUUGCUAAAGUGGAAUCCCAAACAGAAAGUUAACAAUGGAGCAACAGAUGAUGAUUUACCCAGGCUUGUGAUAUUAUCUGGAUGUACUAAAGAAUCAGUGAAGUUGUUUCUAAACGAUGUUGCUAGCAAUCCGAUAGAUAUAGAAUAUAUCCGUUUGCUGCACGAUGUCUAUGCAGACGGUAUAGACGGUCAUCCAUGGAGAGGAUUUACUAUACUGAAUACUUUGCAACAAGAUUCCAUGAUGGAAAUUCGAAAUUGUGAAAGUAUGAAAAGACCAGUUUGGUUUAUAUUUUCUGCUCUAGGAUCGCAAUGGCCAGGAAUGGGUCAAAACUUGUUAAAGUUUCACGUUUUCGCAAAUACAAUAAGACAGUGCGAUAUAAUUUUAAAACCAUACGGUGUAAAUGUCACAGACAUUUUAUCAAAGACAGAAGAAAAAAUAUACAAAAACGCGUUUUACGCGUUUGUUGGUAUUGUUGCUAUUCAGAUUGGAUUAGUAGAUGUUCUAACGUGCUUGGGAAUUACUCCGAGUUACAUAAUUGGUCAUUCUGCUGGCGAACUUGGUUGCGCGUACGCGGAUGAAUGUCUUACCAUUGAACAAACCAUUUUAUCUGCAUACUUUAUUGGUUUGGCAUGUGUCAAAGAAAAAAUAAUUUGUAGCUCUAUGGCACUUGUCAGUCAAUUUAAUUACAAAAGCCUAAAAAAUAUAUGUCCAUCGGAUGUUGAAAUAAUAUGUCGCAAUAGCGAGGACAGCAGCGUUGUGUGUGGACCCACAAAAUCCGUACAAGAAUUUAUGAAAAAAUUACAGCUUAAUAAUAUUCAUGUGAAAGAGAUUUACUGCAACGUACCGUACCACAGUUCUUAUCUCAUGUCCGUGAAAAAUCAACUUUUGCUGAAUUUGAGUAAAAUAAUUCCACGGCCGAAGAAACGGAGUUCAAAGUGGAUCAGCUCUUCCGUAUCUUGUACCGAAUGGUACACUUCAGCAUCAAACUUGUCAUCAGCAGAGUAUCAUACGCAUAGUAUAUUAAAUACCGUUCUCUUUGAACAAACCACGCCUUUAAUUCCAACCAAUGCUGUGACUAUUGAAAUUGCACCAGAUAGCGUUUUGCAACACGUUUUGAAAAAAUCCUUGCAUCCGAAAGUGGAGAACAUUGUAUUGAAUCGACGCAAUGAACAAAAUAUCGAAGUAAUUUUACAAGGAAUUGGGAAGCUCUAUAACUGCGGUUUACAACUGCAAGUCGCAAAUAUAUAUCCACCAGUAGAAUUUCCAGUUAGUCGAGGAACUCCUAUGAUUUCUCCAUCGAUCAGAUGGGAUCAUUCUGAAGCCUGGUUUACACCAACGUAUCACCUACAAAAGUAUAUUAAAUCCAGAGAAAGAUACAUUAAAAUCUCGUUUGACAAAGAGGACUACGAUUAUAUGAAAGGACAUGUAAUAGAUGGAAGGAAUUUACUACCAGCGACCGGUUAUAUUGAACUAGUUUGGCAAACUAUUGGAAUGAUAAAAAAGAAAACAUAUACAACAAUGCCAAUAAUAUUUCAAGAUAUAAGCUUUAUUCGUGCUACUCAUUUAUUGCCAGAUAAAUCUACAAACUUAACAAUUACGAUACAGAAAGAUGGAAAAUUUGAAAUUACCGAAAAAGAAAGUGUUGUAGUGACAGGAACUGUGAAAGAAACAUCGAAUCCUGAAGAGGAAAUGACAUCGACAGAUAUAUUAUCAGAUAAUAACAAAGAAGAACAUAUGACUGCUAGAGAUAUCUACAAAAAGUUAAAAUUGCGCGGUUAUCAGCAUAGCGGCUUGUUUCGUGGAUUACAUAGCGCAUCUGUUACAGGAAACAAAGGACAUAUUACUUGGAAAAGUAAUUGGACAACAUUUAUGGAUACAAUGCUACAAAUGUAUGUUCUAGGAAAUGAUAGAAAUUUGUAUGUUCCUACAAGUAUACAAAAACUAAUAAUUAAUCCCAAGCUUCAUGCUUGGAAGCUACAAGAUAAUAAGUAUGUCGUGAACGCUACAACUAAAGAUAAUGAUACCUUAUUACCGAUACAAAUAUACAGGGAGAUAGAUACAAUUAUAUCUGGCGGAAUAGAGAUUCGAGGUCUUAAAGCCAUUCAGAUCACUAGCCGAAAAUUAGUCCAAGACGCUGUUAUUGAAGAACAUAUAUUUGUAGCGCAUCAUGAUCGCGCAAAAAUUUCUUUAAAUGAAGCGAUUCGAAUAUCGGCGCAACUUGUAUUGGAAGAUCAUCAAAUUACUAAAGUGAAAACUAUCGAGUUAAUAGAAGAUGUUGAUAAAGUUGCAUCAGAACAACUUUCAUCUUCGAUAUUGCUUGAAGCUUUUAAUGACAUACCAUUAAUACAAGCAAAUAUCACUCUGUUAACAACACCCAGUCGUUUCAAUCCAGCAGAUUUAUCAAAAAACAUUUUAAUCGGCGAUUUAAAUAAACCAUCUGUAAAUGACAAAGUCUUAAUAGUCGCCGGAUUUAAUCUUCUAACUAAAGAAAAAGCUUCUUUAGAACGACUUUUGCCAUUCCUGAGAGAAGAUGGUUAUGUAUUGACGCGUGAAAAAUGCAAUAUAUGUGACUAUAGCAAAUAUAAGCAACAGUACAAAUUAAAUGUUAUUCUUGAAAAGUGCACUGAUGAAGAACUGAUUGUUCUUAUGAAGAAAGAAGUUAAGACAGGAAAAAAUAUAGUUGUUUACAUAAAUAAUGAUAACUUUAACUGGUUGGAUGAUUUAAAGCUGCUUGUGAACAGUGAGAACAAACUCGAUAAGAAGAGUAGAAUAAUACUUGUUGGAGAGGGAGAUUUUGAGUGUGGUUUAUUGGGUCUUGUUAACUGCUUGAGGAAAGAACCAGAUGGAGAACUUGUUAGGGGUGUGCUUAUUCAAGAUAAGAAUGCUUCUAAAUUUUCUCUUCAAGAUCCCUUUUAUGUGCAGCAAUUGCAAAAAGAUAUGACUAUUAAUGUAUUACGACCUGACAGGACUUGGGGAUCGUACAGACAUUUACGACUGCCACGACCGGAAGCGAAUCCUGUACCUUCUGCUCACAUUUGCCAAAUGGUACCUGGUGAUUUGAGUACAUUUCAAUGGACAGAAAACAAUGUUUCCGUCGAAUUUCAUCCUAAGGACUUGAUACGUGUGGUUUAUGCAUCUCUCAAUUUCAAAGAUGUAAUGUUGGCUACUGGUAAAUUAAAACUUGAUAAGGCGAUUGCGCGAGAAAAAUUAUUUCAACAUAUUCCUCUUGGUUUCGAAUACGUCGGAUUUGAUGACAAUGGAAAUCGUGUAAUGGGAAUGCGUGAUACGGAUUGUGUAGCAAACAUUGUUGUAAAAGAUAAAGAUUUGUGUUGGAAAAUACCCGAUGCGUGGACAUUCGAAGAGGCUGCGACAGUCCCAUGCAUUUACAGCACGUCCUACAUGGCAUUAUACAUAUAUGGCAAAAUAAAAAAAGGCAAUAAAAUCCUUAUACAUUCUGGUACUGGGGGCGUUGGACAGGCAGCUAUUCACCUUGCUCUUAAAGAAGGAUGCGAAGUAUUCACUACUGUAGGCACGAAUGACAAGCGUAACUUUAUUAAAGAAAUAUUUCCGACUAUUUUGGAUGAUCAUAUUGGUAAUUCUCGAGAUACUAGUUUCGAACAAAUGAUAAUGCGGCAUACGAACGGUCGCGGUGUCGACAUCGUAUUGAAUUCAUUGGCGGAAGAAAAGUUAAUCGCGUCCGUUCAUUGUUUGGCACAAAACGGUCGUUUUCUAGAGAUCGGCAAAUUCGAUCUUUUGUCUAAUAAUCCUUUAAGUAUAUUUGCAUUUAAGAAAGGUAUUAGCUUUCAUUCGAUUUUGUUUGAUAAAAUGUUUACUAGCGAUCAUAAAUAUAAGUCACUAUUGUCCAAAAUGAUAACCGAUGAUCUGAAAAAUGGAACCAUCAAACCAAUUCAAGCAAAAAUUUUUUUGAAAACAGAAAUUGAACAAGCUUUUAGAUACAUGGCAAGUGGAAAACACAUGGGCAAGAUUAUUAUAAAUAUCCAAGAUAAGAGUAAACCUACCGACGAGCUUAUUAUCGCAUAUCGUCGCUAUUAUUGUCUGAAAGACAAAAGUUAUAUUAUAGUAGGAGGUCUGGGUGGAUUUGGUUUGGAGCUAGCCGAUUGGCUAAUACAUCGAGGUGCCAGAAACAUCAUUUUGAUUUCUCGUACUGGAAUAAAAAAUGGUUACCAACGUAUGAAGAUUCAAUUGUGGAAAAAGUAUGGGGUAAACGUACUAAUCGUCAAGAAUAUCGAUGUCGCUGACCCCAAAAAUUGCGAGUAUUUGUUGCAAACCGCGGAAAGAGAAGCACCGGUGGAUGCGAUAUACAAUUUAGCUGUUGUAUUGAAAGACGGUAUUCUAAAGAAUCAAACCGUGGACACAUUUACUGAGUCCUUUCAAUCAAAAGCUCGAGCGACGCAAUCUUUGGACAAACUUUCGAGAAAGUUCUGCCCUAAACUGCGACACUUUGUAGUGUUCUCUUCCGUUUCCUGCGGCAGAGGAAACGCUGGACAGACUAACUAUGGUAUGGCAAACUCCGUCAUGGAGAGAGUGUGCGAAAAAAGAGCAGAGGAAGGAUUACCCGCAUUGGCAAUUCAGUGGGGAGCUGUAGGUGACGUGGGUCUUGUCGCAGACAUGCAGGAGGACAAUAAGGAACUGAUCAUCAGUGGUACUUUACAACAAAAAAUAUCUUCCUGUCUUGAUGAGCUUGAUAAGUUUUUACUUCAAAGUCGACCGGUUGUGAGCAGUAUGGUGGUAGCUGAAAAGAAAGUGGGAUUUUCUAGAUAUAAAAGUCCGAUAAAAAUUAUCGCCAGUAUUUUAGAUAUAAAAGAUAUAAAAAUUGUAAGUCAAAAUACAUCUCUGGCCGAAUUAGGAAUGGAUUCUAUGACGACCGUGGAAAUCAUGCAAAUUUUAGAACGUGAUUUUGACAUUUUUCUCACUACGCAAGAAAUACGAAAUCUUACUUUUGCAAAACUCAAUAAGAUGUGCAGUACAAACUUUAGUGACGAUGACAAGCAAGAUAAGGAAAAUCUUGAUGCAGAAGAGUCAUAUGAAUUAAAAUUUGUAGCUGAUGUUUUAAGAGACGAAGAUUUUAUUCCAGAGACCUAUUUUGAUUCCUCGACUAAAAGACAGAGCAUUAUGACUGAAGUUUUUAUUAUACCUGGUAUCGACGGCAGUGCGGCAGUAUUUAAGCAUUUAACACCUAAUAUUAAAUUUUCAAUAACAUUUUUACAAUAUAACACAAACAACGUUGAUGCUCCGAACAUUAUAUCAGAAACGAUUGAUCGUCUUACAAAUCACAUAUUACCGAAGUUAAGAAAUGGAAAAGAUUUCGUAAUGGUUGGCUAUUCCUUUGGAUCUAUUAUUGCCAUUGAAAUAACAAGAAGAUUGGAAACUAUGAAUAUUAAAGGCCGUCUGGUUCUUAUUGACGGCACUCCUGAACAAAUACAAACUAUGUACAAACAUGUUACAUCAGAUGCAGAUCUUCAGAUUGCAAUAUUGGACAAUAUUAUAAGAAUUUAUUUAUCAGAAACUAAUAAAAAGAUGUUACUGGAACUAAAAAAAUGUAAUACUUGGGAAGAAAGAUAUAAUAUUUUUGCAAAACGAUUCUUAGUUGAAAAUACGUCACUUUCGCCAGAAAAUUUAAAGACGCUGUGUACCACAGUUUACAAAUAUUUAUCUGUCUUUUGGCACUUUGAUUAUUCUACGUUGUUGCCUAUUAAAUCUCCUAUUAUCUUACUAAAACCUACACAUUCAUUGUAUACGUCCGAAAUUGAGGAAGAUUUUGGUUUGCACAAGGUAACUCAAAAUAUGGUAAAAGUACAUUACGUUGAAGGUAAUCAUGUGACAAUAUUGAAAAAUGUAAAAGUGUCAGCUGUAAUUAACGGAGAACCACCAUUCAUAAUUUGAUGUCAUAAUUUAUUUAUUGUUUGUAAAUUAAAAUUAUACACUUUCUAUUUUUUAAUAUAAUGGUAUAUAUGUAUAAUUAUAAGUGUUUUUUUUUAAAUAAAUGAGCACUAAUAACUAUUUAAAGAUAUUUAAUUUAUAUUUAAAUAUCCCUAAAUAGUUUUUCAUAUCUGCUUAUUUAAAAAAUAAUUUGUAAAUGUAUAUACCGUUUUAUAAAAAUUUAAUUUUUAUUUGACAAACAAUAAAUAAAUUGUUGGACGAAGGCGAUUCAUAUAUGGAAUUUAUCUCUAAUCUAUAUAACUACUCAUUGCCUCUGUUACCGCGUCAUCUAUGCUGCCUAUUUUUUCAAGUCGUUGUUCCCAUUUACCUGUCUUAUCCGUGACUCUCGAUCCCUCUUUCGAUCACUUCCGUUCUGUGUAGUAAUGUUUAAAGGGCCUCGCACAUGAAAUGCAUAACAUAACAUAAGCACAACAUAAGACCGAUAGUCCAAUGAGCAUCGGGCAUCAAGUCGCCAUAUUGAUUUACAUAAGAUUCUUAUUGGUCCAAUGGCCUUAUGCUAUGCUUAUGCUCUGUUAUGCAUUUCAUGUGCAAGGCCCUUAAGACUUUUUCAUAGCUGCAUAACCAUAUGCUUAAAAAAAGCUGAUUGGUCCGUUAGCACAUGCAUAAGGAAAUGGACCAAUCAAUUUCUUUAUACAUACGGUUAUGCAGUUAUGCAAAGCCUGUGUCGCGGCCUUUAGUCAAAAUGCAUUGUUCAAGUUAUUCCUGUAAAACAGUGCUGUUAGCUACUUGCAACUUUCGGCCGGAUUUUUCGACGCACGCCUAUUGCUCCCCUCCCGCCGCUCGCGCCUUAGCAAUGCGCUGCCGGACGGCGUAACUAAG